CGCUUCUCCCGAAGUGGUGCCGGGAGCCUGCGCCCAGCCCCAGUCGUGCGGUGCCAUGCUGUCCCAUCGGCGGCGCUGAAGGAUGGCGACGCCCGUCCCUCCGCCCUCGCCGCGGCACCUGCGGCUGCUGCGGCUGCUGCUUUCCGGCCUCGUCCUUGGCUCGGCCCUGCGCGGGGCCGCCGCCGCCAGCCGCCCGGAUGUGGCUGCCUGCCCUGGGAGCCUGGACUGUGCCCUGAAGAGACGGGCAAGGUGUCCCCCGGGAGCCCAUGCCUGUGGGCCUUGUCUGCGGCCCUUCCAGGAGGACCAGCAAGGGCUCUGUGUGCUCAGGGUUCGACAGCCUCCGGGGAAGGACCGGUCUCAACCCAGACUGGAAGAUGAGAUUGACUUCCUGGCCCAGAAAUUAGCCCGGAAAGGGGCAGGGCAUUGGAGUCUCACAGCUCCGCCCCUGCCCAAGGCCAGACAGCGGCUCCCAGAGGCUGCAGCCACUCUGGGGUUCUCAGAGCUGGGUCAAGGACUUGAACCUGGUCUCCUGUCGACGCAGGGAGCCCCUGUUCCCACGUCCCAUACCUCCUGGGGCUCCCCUGUGUCCUCUGGGCCAGUGCACAUGUCCCCCCUGGAGCCCCGGCAUGAGCACAGGGACAGCCUCACCUUUGUGCUGAUUGUGGCCUUCUGUGUGGCUGGUGGCGCUGCCCUUGCCAUGGCAACUGUGUGCUGGUGCAGGCUGCAGCGGGCCAUCCACCUGACCCAGAAGGCAGACUAUGCAGCCCCAAAGGCUCCCAGCUCCCCUGUGGCACCUCGGAUGUCGCCUGGUGACCAGCGGCUGGCACACAGCGCGGAGAUGUACCACUACCAGCACCAGAGGCAGCAGAUGCUAAGCCUGGAGCGGCAUAAAGAGCCCAAGGAGCUGGAUUCAGCAUCCUCUGACGAGGAGAACGAAGAUGGUGACUUCACGGUGUACGAGUGCCCUGGCCUGGCCCCGACGGGGGAGAUGGAAGUGCGCAACCCCCUGUUCGACCACGCCUCACUGUCAGUGCCCCUGCCUGGCCCACGCUCACCGCCUGUGCCGCAGUGAUCUGGAGGCGGACGAUGCCCAUCUGCUCCAUUAAGAAUGCUUUCAGAUGUGUGCUUGUAACUGGGCCAUGGGGUUCUGGGCUCUGGGACCACUUGCCAGGGAGACCCCUCCUUUAUGCCAGGAGACUUCUUGCCCCCCUUGUGCUGCUCAUGCUCGGUUUGGACCCCUAAACUGGAGGGGACAUGGAGAACCCUAGAGCCCAGGCAUGGAUGGGGAAUUUGGGAGACAAAAGCCAAUUAAAGUACAUUUCAAACCUG